GGAGGUGGGCGGAGCUUUGUGGAUAACAGCGCAGGAUUCAAACUGAACAUGGCUGCGGGGAAAGAUGUUGACGAAAGCACACAAAAUAGAAGAAGCAUGGUGACCCACAGUGAGGAAUCGCCUGACGCCUCUUAUUCUGUCAGACCACCCGUUAUCUUCAACCCAGAUUUCUUUGUUGAGAAACUGCGCCACGAGAACCCCGAAGCUUUCCUGGAGCUUGUGCUCAGUAAUAUAACUCGGCUCAUUGAUCUCCCCGGGACGGAGUUCGCCCAGCUCCUUGGUGAGGAGAGCCCUAAGACCCCAACCACAGGAAAUGGAGGCUUCUUCCGCUCUCUUAACUUCCUUAAACGAAAAGAUAAAGGUGUCGUCUUUGGGACCCCUCUGACUGAGAGCUGCAUUGCACAGAUCUACCAGCUUAUUGAGUACCUCAGCAAAAAUCUACAUGUGGAGGGGCUGUUUCGAGUGCCGGGGAACAGUGUUCGUCUGCACACCCUGAAGGAGCUCCUUAAUAGCGGGGCUGAUGUCGACCUGGCAGCCGGAGAUUUUCACCCCAAUGAUGUCGCCACGCUGCUGAAGACUUUUCUGGGAGAGCUGCCAGAACCGCUGCUGACGCAUCGACACUUCCAUGUGCACCUUAAGAUAGCUGACAUGACCCUGUUUGAUGAGCAAGGCAAUAAAACUGCAGUGCCAAACAAGGAACGUCAGAUCGAGGCCCUGCAGCUGCUCUUCUUGUUGCUGCCCCAGGCCAACCGCUCGCUGCUCAAACUGCUGCUGGACCUGCUCUACCACACUGCCAGGCAGCAGGACAAGAACAAGAUGUCCGCCUACAACCUGGCACUCAUGUUUGCCCCGCAUGUCCUCUGGCCCAGACAUAUGACAGCCAGCGACCUUAAAGACAGUCUGAAGAAACUGAACUCCAGCAUGGCCUUUCUCAUCAAACAUUCUCAGAAACUCUUCAGGGCUCCGGUCUACCUGCGGGAAUAUGCCAGGGUCCACUUUACCGGGACCAAGGUUCUGCAGAGUAAGGACGAUCUGGACCUGCUGGCAGUCAGCAGCUCUCCUGCUCAGCGGACGGUGUUGCCUCUGAAGAGGACGGCGGCUCUGGGCCCCAGCUCGCAGGAACAGUUCCAGUCACCUGCUCAACAAUACACGGAGGAGGCCCUGAAGGAGCUCUUCAGACAUGUUCACCACAACAUGCCCGACUCUGCCAAGAAGAAAAAACUUGUCCGACAGCUUGUCAAACAGACUCCUUCAGGAACCUGUGGUGAGGACCAUCUGGUCCCUCCAGCUGCCAGCAAGAAGCACCCACGGUCCCGCUCCUUUGGCGGCCUGAUCAAGCGAAAAGCUCGAGGCGAGCAGAUGAGAGAGAGACACAUCUCCCCUGAAGGCGCUGGAAGAAAGCACUGUAAAGAAAAUAUCCUCCUGGAGCCGGUGAACAGCCCAUCAGCUGGUCCUGUCAUGGGGAAAGCAGGGCUUGUAGUGAAAAAUCCAGACUUUAUCUUUCACAAGGACAAAGCCUUCAAAGUUUCUAAGGACUCUCCCUCAGUCUCCAGGAUGUGUUUCUCUCCGGCUCAGGAUGUCUCCAUGUGAAACCCAAACCCCCCUCCAUCUCUCACGUCAGACUGGACUGGGACAGUAUUAAACAAUCAUUAUGCAUGUGAAUUAAUCGGUUAAAUCUGUCUUUCUAAUAUAGGUCAGAUUGAGCCAGCAGAGCCACACUAAUAUCUAAAGUUACUGUUGACUAAGUGGUACAGGUAGUUAACAAAGUUUGCAUGUUUCAUUUAGAAGGACAUGUUAGGAAUAAUAAUAGAUUAGAGCCGUAAUAACUCCAGUAGCAGCAGAUAAGUUGGUGGUGUUUGGAACGGGGGGGGGGGGGGGUUCUGCUUGUUACUGAUUCAGAAACAAUAACCACUGUCACACUGAAAAAUGCAGACUGUGUAAUGUUGUACAGAUUGUUUUGUAUACAGUGUAUAUCUUUUUUAUGGGAGUUGUGUCAUUGUGGGAGCAGUGUGUGUGAGGUGUGAAUGGUCCUGCUACUGAUCCAAUGUCUGAGUUGUAGCCCCCCCCCUUUUUUUUUUUUGGCCCACACUAAUUUUAAAAGGUUUUAGCUGAGCUCAUAGCUCAGUUGCUUAAUCAACUCGGUUUUAUUUUAAUGAAACAUUUAAUGCAGCAUUAUAAUUUUUGAGGUGUUUUUAUUUAUUUUCAAUUGGGUUCGUUGAUAUCAGGAGGUUAUUUGUCCAACAGUGUUUGGAGGAUUUGUUGAUGGUUUAAGUGGAAGUUGAAAGAAGAAGUUGCAGCCUUAUAAUUUACUACAUGACUCGAUGAUGAAAGCUCAGUUGUUUAAUUACAAGUUUGAAAUGCAGAGACCCCACAUCUUCAGCUCUGUCCGCUAGUUUUCCUUAACAGAAGCUUCCCUGAAGGAGAAGUUACAUAUUCCGUUCACGGUAACCUGGGAACUUAUUCAAAUCCCAAACUGUUCUGGAUCUCUCAGAUAUAAGUGAUGGAGAGAGAUUUCUCCUUUAACAUCAACUGUCUUACCUGAGCGUUGGAAAAGUGCUGCGUCUGUGUCCUGUUUGGAUUGUGGGAAGUUCUAAAGAAGUAAGAAAGAUGGAUUUUUGAAAGUGAAUGAAGGCCUGAAGCUUACAGAAGGACAAUAUUAUACCUCAUGUGUUUAUUUUGCUGUUGGAUGCCUUGUUCUCCUCUUUAGACACAUCCGUUUUAUUUU